CAAGCAAUUAAGCAGCGCUCGUCGUCGGCGCAAAACCGGAGCGCUAUAACGCCCCCAAGCGCACGAAGGGCUGCCUCGGGGUGGACCCGCAGUGCACCGACGCAAGAGCCACCGCGCACAGUCGCUGCCGGGCUGCCCGUCGCGCGCACGGAAGCCUUCCAGGCACCCCGCCCAGCGUGAGGCACGAUGGAGGUCGCCUACCUCUACACGAAAGUACGAAGCGAAUUUGGGAAACAAACAAACUUCAGCGACCAGGACACGCGCAUCCUCCACACCAUACCACAAACGGACGAGUUCGAGGACGACUAUAUUCCGAGGAACCCCGUCUGCACGACGGUUGAUACGUGCCCCACCUACUCGGAGCACGAGACGAACACCGAUAGACUAGUGACGAAGGCCUCGUCGAUACGCCAUGCGGAGGGCGGCUGGCCGAAAGACGUGGACCCGACGGAGCCGGCCGACGUCCAGCGCUACCGGAAAAAAGCGGAGAAGGACGAUGAUUAUAAAGCUAAUAUGAAGGCCUUGGGGCCCAUCAUCUCGAGAUGCAUGCGCCAGAACAACACGAUUGACAUCUAUGAGGAGUACUUUGCGGGGGAGGAUCGGGAUUGGUCGUCGGAGCCGCCCUCGGCCAAGGGUCUCGCUGUGUUUCGCGAUCCCAACGAGAUCAAGCGGACCGCUACUUCUAUUAAUUGGCACCCGGAAGGCCCUACCAAGAUCGCGGUAUCGUAUUCUAUCUUGAAUUUCCAGGACCCGAAAUUCAGUAACGCUAGACUACCUGUUGAAUCCUACAUCUGGGACGUGACGAACCCGAACACGCCCGAUCAGGCGUUGACGCCGCCCUCACCGCUUUGUUGUUUGAGAUUCAACCCGAAAUCUACCGACACGUUAGUUGGUGGUUCCUACAACGGCCUCGUCUCGUUCUACGACCUUCGGAAGAGCGGUGCCCCGCAGGAGUGCUCCGUCAUCGAAAAAAGUCAUCAUGAUCCGGUCUACGACUGCUUCUGGAUCAGUUCUAAAACAGGCAACCAGUGCGCGUCUGUCUCGACCGACGGUAACAUGCUCUGGUGGGACACGCGACGCCUAGGCGAACCGGUCGACGCCCUACAACUGUCGACGGGCAAAGACGGAGCCGUGCUCGGCGGCAGCGCCAUGGACUACCACAAGGAGGUGCCAACGAAAUAUGUCGUCGGUACCGAGCAGGGUAUCGUGCUAGCCAUCAACCUGCGAAACCGCAAGCAGAACAACGGCAUCGCUGUGUAUGAUCAGAACCACGGCAAGCACCACGGGCCCAUCUACGCUAUCCAUCGGAACCAAACGCACACAAAAUUCUUCAUGACGGUCGGCGACUGGACCGCGCGCGUCUGGAUGGAGGACCUCAAGACGCCGAUCAUGACGACGAAGUACCACUCGGCCUACUUGACGUCGGGGUGCUGGUCGUCGACGCGGGCCGGCGUCUUCUUCGUCACGCGCAUGGACGGUAUUGUAGAUGUGUGGGACUACUUCUACCGCCAGAACGAGGUGGCCUACACGCAUAAGGUCGGCGAUUGUGCGCUUUCUUCCAUCGCGAACGAUGCUACUACCGGACGGUUGCUCAGUGUCGGUGACGUCGAGGGUACCGUGGCCUUGAUGGAGGUCUGCGAUUCCCUAGCCACGCCGCAGCACAACGAGAAGUCGGCCAUCGGCGCCAUGCUCGAGCGCGAGACGAAGCAGGAGAAGAAUCUGGAGCUCCGAGAGCGCGACCUCAGACGCGCUCGGGACAAGGCCAAGGGCGAGACCGGAGAAACGGAGGAGGAGAAGGAGGCGAAGGCCCAGGCCAUGGAGGAGCAAUUACGGGCGGUCGAUGCCGACUUCCUCAACAUGAUCAAGGAGGCCGAGGACGACGAGGCGACGGCCGCGGCGGAGGAGUAGGUUUGAUGAAGGAGGGGGGGUGCUACUAAGUACACACUGACCUUA